UAAAACCAUGAGCAGAUGCAGCUUCUCCGGGACGAGAUUCUGCUGGAGGUGAAGGACAUGGAGCAGCUUGUGGCCCUUGGGAAGGAGGCCCGGGCCUGUCCCUAUUAUGGAAGCCACUUUGCCAUCCCUGCAGCCCAGCUAGUGGUGUUACCAUACCCAAUGCUGCUGCAUGCAGCCACCCGGCAGGCUGCAGGAAUCAGGCUGCAAGGCCAGGUGGUCAUCAUUGACGAGGCACACAACCUGAUCGACACCAUCACCGACAUCCACAGCACAGAGGUCAAUGGUUCCCAGCUCUGCCAGGCCCAUUCUCAGUUGCUCCAGUACAUGGAAAGAUAUGGGAAGCGUUUGAAGGCCAAGAACCUGAUGUAUAUCAAGCAGAUUCUCUAUUUGCUGGAGAAGUUUGUGGCUGUCCUGGGAGGUAAUGUUAAGCAAAAUCCUAGUACACAGAGCCAGCCCCAGACAGGGUCUGAGCUGAAGAGCAUCAACGACUUUCUCUUUCAGAGCCAGGUGGACAACAUCAACCUUUUCAAGGUGCAGAAGUACUUGGAGAAGAGCAUGGUCAGCAGGAAGCUCUUUGGCUUCACAGAACGUUUUGGAGUUGUUCUUCCAUCCCUCCCAGCUUCUCAGAAUCGUAAUCUCGAUGGCUUCCAGCACUUCAUGAAGAGCCUGCAAUCAGGGCCUACUGAGGACUCCCUGGAGGAGGGCCAGGCUACAGCCCCGAGGGCUGCCUCUCCACUGAUGCACAUUGAGGCCUUCCUGGCAGCUCUUACCACUGCCAACCAGGACGGCAGGGUUAUCUUGAGCCGCCAAGGCAGUGUUGGUCAGAGCAGCCUGAAAUUCUUGCUCUUGAACCCAGCUGUACACUUUGCCCAGGUGGUGAAGGAAUGCCGAGCAGUGGUCAUUGCAGGUGGCACCAUGCAGCCGGUGUCUGACUUUCGGGAGCAGCUGCUAGCAUGUUCUGGAGUGGAAGCUGAACGAGUGGUGGAGUUUUCAUGUGGUCAUGUGAUCCCUCCAGACAACAUCUUGCCCCUUAUUAUAUGCAGCGGACCCUCUAACCAACAGCUGGAAUUCACCUACCAGAGAAGAGAGCUGCCUCAGAUGAUGGAGGAGACAGGCCGAAUUCUCUGUAACUUGUGCAAUGUGGUCCCUGGAGGGAUGGUUUGCUUCCUCCCUUCCUAUGAGUAUCUGCGUCAGGUACAUGCUCACUGGGACAAGACUGGGCUGCUGGCACGUUUGUCAGCCAAGAAAAAGAUAUUCCAAGAGCCCAAGAAAGCAAGCCAGGUGGAGCAGGUGCUGGUAGCUUAUUCCAAGUGCAUUACGUGCUGCAGAAACACAGGAGGCCACCUCACAGGGGCCUUGCUUCUCUCUGUGGUUGGAGGGAAGAUGAGUGAAGGGAUCAACUUCUCUGAUGACCUGGGCCGGUGUGUGGUGAUGGUGGGGAUGCCAUACCCCAACAUUAAAUCUCCAGAGCUUCAAGAGAAGAUGGCCUAUUUGGAUCAGACCCUUCCUAGAACACAAGGUCAGCUGCCCCCAGGGAAGGUAUUGGUGGAGAAUCUGUGUAUGAAGGCUGUAAACCAAUCUAUAGGCAGGGCCAUUAGGCACCAGAGGGACUUUGCCAGCAUUGUGCUCCUGGAUCAUCGGUAUGCCCGUGCUUCUGUCCUGGCAAAGCUGCCAGCCUGGAUACGAGAUCGAGUGGAGGUCAAAGCCACCUUUGGCCCUGCCUUUGCUGCCAUGCGGAAGGUUAGGUUUGCUCCCUGUGCCCCAGAAGUCCUCGGCCUGAACUGGGCUUCUCACAGCCUUUUCUCUCUGCAAUUUCACCGAGAGAAGUCACACCUCUGUUUGGUAUAGGCUUCUCGUUUAUUGUUUCUCUGCCUGACCUGGCCUUUGACUUUGGCCUAAGAAGGACAAAACCUUAUGCAGACUUCUACCUAAGUCUACACCAGCCUUCCAGAGUCAGUGGAAUCCAGUAUUGGAACUUACACAGAAAAGCCACCGGGACAAAGCCGGAUCAUCCUGACUGAUUCUCCCCCUAGCACCUGGCUCAGGUUCAGCCUUCUCCAUGGCUUUAGGAAGCUGUGCAAGCAACAGCUUUCUGCCCUUUUUUGAGGCGUGGCCCACCCUGCCUUUGUCCUUUAGGGACGAGAUCCUAUUCUUGGCCUUUGACUCUCAUCUCAGCCAGAGAUGUCUCCAUUUCAGGCUUUGUUGACUGGCCCUCUCCAGGAGGAGUUGCGUCUCUCUUGCUUGGCUCCUGGUCUUUCCUCACAAGCUAGCAGGGCCUCUUCUUCAGCCACCAGAGAAGAUGUCAAUGCCACCACACUUACCAUGGCCUCAGCCACAAUGCCAGGGCCGUUGGACUCAACAUGACUUCUUUUAGAGUUUCUUGUCUGACCCCAAGGCAUUUUUGGUUGGGUAGAAAUAUCCCUCCCCCUGCAGAGCCUCCCCAAGUCAUCUCUUGUUUGAACCCGGAGAAAAGGCUCUAUCCCUUCCCUCAGACAUUCUGUCCCAUUGCUGAGAUGGCCAGGGCAGGAGGAAAGCCCAUGCUCUGCUGAGCCAUCUGCAUCUAUCUGGCAAGGCCACCCUUCAUUUCUUAGAGGGCACUCUUCACAUGGGCUGAGUCCUGGAGUUGCCAUUCGUUAUUGUUGUGUGUCGCUGUUUUCUCAAUCCUAACAAAGGUAAGGAAAGUGUACUAGGGCUGGGGCAGGUAAGACAGUCACAUGAGACAGUGGAGCUGACCCAUGGUACACACUGCCCCUGCUCUGUGGAAAGGGGUGAGGUAGGAUGGAGGACAGUUGUCCAGCCACUAAGCUCUGUAGACAACAGGAGCUUUAGGGUCAGGUUGCCCAGUAGCCUCUCAGAGCUGUUCGUGCUCGAGUGUGUGAGGAAGGUCCCAGCCUGCUCAGGUGGUGCCGGUUCACAAUCAACAUCACGUCUUUGCCAGAUUAUACACUUGGUUCAUAUAUUCAAAUGUUUGGACAUAACUGUGAAGCUUCCUCAAUCCAUUUUGAUUUCUUAGAACAUCCAAGCUGAGAUUGGAUGGCUCCAGCGUCACUCAUAAUGGAAACAUCUGACUAGGAGGAGUCAGGAUGCCCAAAAGAAGGUUAUUUGUCUUUUGGAGAGCUCACUUAGGAGUUUCAGGAUAGAGUGGGGACUUAGCCAUCAUGAUAAGAAUGAUUUUAAUUUGGGGGGUUCUUUCCAUGGGAAUUUCAUCCAUAUUGUUGGUAGAUCCCUUCAUGGGUGAGCCAAUGAUGAUCUCGAGAAGAGCAGUUGAACACAGAGCAUCUCUGGCCAACCCCCUUCUGCUUGUUCAUACAGCAUCUCUAGGCAACUUUCUUCCUUCCUGUACAUAGAACAUCAGUUACCAACUCCCUGACUGCUGCCUGUAUAAACCCCAGUUGGAACAUAGCUUCGGUGGAGGGCCAAGAGCUGACAUCUCAGAAUCAACAUCUCUUAAAGAUCAUUCUGGUUAGGAAUGGGUGCAGAAGAUGAUGGGAACCUUCCAAGUACUUGGGGGUAGAAUCUUCCCCAGUUCUUUAGAAUGGGUGAUAAGGGCGUGUCGGGUGGGAUCUUGGAGAUAUUUCUGCAGAGAUAGGAGCAUCCCAUGGAACUGUAAGUUCUAUUUCCUAUGCAUCCUACAUAACCAACUAGGAAAGUUCAAUGAUGAGAAGAUGUGUAAUUGAAAAAGCAUUAAAGCAUGAAAAAGGGAAAGGAAGCAACCAAUAAAUUGUAUAAUGUAGUGCCAUGCAUUAAGCACUAUAUGGGUUGAGUUUUU